CAAUAACUUGUUUUCAUUGACUGUUUCCUCAGAAUCAAAGUUUUUAAAAGAGCAGGUUUAUCCCUCGAAAGUUUGGAAAAAUUAUCACCUCCAGAUAAAGCUCUAUAUCUUUACAUCUCCACUUCAAAAACCGAGGUCAGGAACAAGGAAGAAAAAGGCUCAUGUAAGCUGUAUGCAAGUUAACUUUGAAAUAUAACAAUGAUAAUUAACCCUCCUGCGAAAGAUUCUAGAAAAGAAGAAGAAGAUAGCAGGGGAUCUCAUAAUGCACCUAUGGAGAUAAAAGAACUGCCACCUACAGCUAAACUCUUGGAAUCACCUAACAGAGCAGCCGAAAGAACCAAUGUGAAUAUCCGUGGCGAAGGUGGCGCCGAUGUGCUCGUUGCCGGGCCAGGUAUAUUCAAUGUGCCUUUCACAAGGUUAAAUGUUUCUCUCCUAGAUGGAAUGGUUUCUUUAGACGUUUUGGGUAGCUGUUUUCUUUUCAUAUUGCAAUUAAUAAUGAUAACUAUAGGGAUCGUAUUUAUACAUGAUUGUCCGGCUCAACGAUAUAUUCCUAUCUUCCUAAUUGUUUUUGGGGUGUGUGGUAUUAUUCAAAAGUGCCUGAGCUUUUGGCCAAAAAUGAUAGUCUGUUACUACAUCGUCGAUGUUUUUCAAACGAUAUGGUUCAUUACUGGUUGCUAUUGGAUAUACACUGUUCACGCAAGAUGGGACAGUGUUGAUCACUGCAGUGAGACUUUUUGUGACAAGACAGUCUACUUGUUCGCGUUUUGGUUGGUGUCUGUCAUAUUAUUGAUUGUUGGUGUGAUUAUAGUUAUCCUCGUUGUAUUGAUCAUAUGCGCAAUUAUUUGCUCCAUUUUUCUAGCUCUCGGUGGAAUGUUCGGAAGACGUAUGAACGUGCGGGUUAUUUCUUGAGCUCUAUAAAAGAACGAAAUAAACACUGUUUCUUUUUUAAUUUCACAUUUUUAUUGUGUUUGUAAGCAACUCAGAGCGCCAAGUGUUGUUUGGUCCAGGUAAGAAGACGAUUGUCCUUUGGCGAGUUCAUUUUGGUGAGGGAUGUCAUUGUGCUGAAGAAUCGCAAAAUUGGUUCGUUUCUUUUAUUUUCCUUCGGUUUUAGUUUUUGGUAACCCCUAUUUUAAACGAUGGACUCCGUACAAAAGGGUGUACCAUUAUUUGACCUUCAAUCGUCCUCUUACAAUGGCCGGACAACUGGAAUGAAAUCAAUUACGUUAAACUCUAUUUGAAUGACUUAUACACCGAAGAGCCAUUACAUUAGGACCACCUUUAGCCCUCAAAACUGCUAGCAACCGCCGUGACAUUGAUCCCACAAGGUGCUGAUAGGUAGUCUGAGGUAUCUGGUACCAAGCGCUCACCAAAUGGUCCUGUAAUUCCCUCCCAUUGCGAGUGGGUAGCGUGGCAGCACGAAUUUGGUUUUCCAAGUAGGAUCACAAAUGCUCUAUUGAAUUAAGGUCAGGUGAUUUUGGGGGCUAAGACAUGACUUGAAAGUCACUGGAAUGUUCCUUUCGACCCUUAUGACAUGGUGCAUUAUGCUGUUGGUAAACACC